AUGGUCGCCAACCGGUCGACGACACCGCUGGCCAUGAGACCCGGAAAGAAACGCCGUGAUGAGUGUCUUCUUCGAGUACCGUACGCAUCGAUAGUGGCCGCACUGUUGUGCGAUGUUGGUGUGGCGCUUUUCUCGGUGAUGAUGGCUUGGGCAUUCAACGCUUCCGUGCAACAGUUUCGAAGAGCACUGGAUGUGGAUUCAUUACCGUGGCUUGAUAAGGUGAGCAGAUAA